UUUAUUACAAUUGCUAAUAACACAUUAGGAACUAGAAUAAAAUUAAAAUGUAUUAUUUUGGUUAAUAGUUUCAAUGUCUGGAAAAAGUAUCUUUGACCAUGAAAAUAAUGCAAUUCAUAUUUUCUUUUGCAUUUGAUGAGUUUAAAAUGUGAUUUAUUCUUGUGUUAUUUUUAUAUUAGUUUGGAGGAUUGUAACAGAAGAGCAACAUGUUUCUACAAUCUGCAGUUUAUCACACAUUUGAAAAGACUGUGUUUUUAUUGUGGUUGUUAUUCGUUUCUGGAGGAAUAGUAGGGUACAAGGAUAGCCCUUACACGAGACCACCGUUUCUUAAUCUGAGGAAUGUUAAAGACUUGUUCAGCUUAAAAAAUCUUUUAAAUGAAUUUAACAGUCCAAGGAUAAGCAGGGUUCCUGGAGUUGCAGAGAUGAUUGCCAGAUACAACGAAACAGUCAGUAAAGCCUUCAACAUGUCUGACAGUCUGCCGGAUCACCCGUUCAUCGUCAUCGAGUCAGUCUAUAAUGCAGGAAGAAGAACAGUUACGGAGCUGGUAGCUCAUGCACUCGGAGCCGUUUAUUCCACCAACCCUCCCAAGAUAAUGCAAGGAUUCUCGACAGCGUUUGAUGGAAUGUUCCUCCGUCGCAAAUAUUACGCUUUGGCUAAAUACGCUUCGAGUAACUUGGUGAAACACGCUCGUAAAUUUCAACCUGUCGUCAUGGAGAAGUACUACUAUGACCAGGCCAUUUUUGUUAUUGCCAAGACGUACGUAGACACACCCUUGCCUGAAGCCGGGGAUGAGGUAUACAAAUGGCCAAGCGACCUCACCAAGCCAGACCUCAUCUUCUUCCUCAACUUUCCUGACGAUCCUACGACCAAUCUUUUCACUCAGAAGAUGGUGCAGUUGUUUCGCACCAUGCACGACCCUGCGGUGAUAGAAGUGGAUGCCGGACACUCUGUACACAUAAUGGCCAACAACAUUAUCCACCACAUCAACACCAAGCUGGAGAAGGAAUAUCCGUUACUGUCAGACCGACCACGCGAACCUCUUCUGUAACCAUCACAAGUCUGACCAUCAUCGUGUCUUUCAGCAUCAAGCAUUGUAAAAUCCCAUCUGUAACAUUGUAUUGUUGACUCUG